GGCUCGCGCCCCCUCAGGCGCCCCCUCAGGCCGCCAUGGCCACCCCGCCCAAGCGCCCCAGGCCCGACGGCCGCCUCAAGAAGAUCGCCGUGGAGGGCAACAUCGCUGCAGGGAAAUCCACCUUUGUGAACGUCCUGAAACAAGCCAGUGAGGAGUGGGAAGUGGUUCCCGAGCCCGUAGCUAGAUGGUGCAAUGUCCAGCAAAGCUCUGGAGACGACUCUGAGGAGCUGAGCGCGUCGCAGCGGAGCGGCGGGAACGUGCUGCGCAUGAUGUACGAGAAGCCGGAGCGCUGGGCCUUCACCUUCCAGACGUACGCGUGCCUCAGCCGCGUCCGCGCCCAGCUGGCCGCCCUGGGCAAGCUCCGUGAGGCGCGGGAGCCCGCCGUGUUCUUCGAGCGCUCCGUCUACAGCGACAGGUACAUCUUUGCUGCGAAUUUAUACGAGUCUGACUGCAUGAACGAGACCGAGUGGACCAUUUACCAGGACUGGCACGACUGGAUGAAUAAACAGUUUGGCUCGAGGCUGGCGCUGGAUGGGAUCAUUUAUCUCCGAGCCACUCCUGAGAAAUGCUUGAAUAGGAUUUACUUGCGUGGAAGAGAUGAGGAACAAGAAAUCCCCAUCGAAUAUCUGGAGAAGCUUCACUACAAGCAUGAGAGCUGGCUCCAGCACAGGACACUGCGAACAGAUUUUGACUAUCUGCAGGAAAUUCCGAUUUUAACGCUCGAUGUUAACGAAGACUUCAAGGGCAAAAAGGACAAAUAUGAUCACAUGAUCGAAAAGGUCAAGGAAUUUUUGAGCACGUUGUAAUCCUCUUUGAAGUGCAGACAGAGUCAAACCAUUCCAAACUUCUCUGCC